UACUGCUGCUUCAAGCUUUGCUCCAGAUUCCUGAAACUAGAGUUUUGUUUGGUUUUUUCAAUCGGUGUGUGAAUUGGACAGAGAAAAACUUCAAAAGCAAAUUGCUUGAAAUUCAAGAUGGCAACUUUCAUCAAUUUCAAAGCACUCGUCCAGUUACUGUUAUUACCUUGUUUGCUUCUCUGCAGUUCGAUCGCAUACAAUUCUUCUUCUGUCAAAGCCACUAUGCAUACUAACAACUGGGCUGUCUUAGUUUGCACCUCUCGUUUCUGGUUUAAUUAUCGACAUAUGGCCAACACCUUAUCAUUGUAUAGGACAGUUAAGCGGCUAGGAAUACCUGAUGAGAGGAUAAUACUCAUGCUUGCAGAUGACAUGGCUUGCAACACUAGAAACAAGUAUCCUGCUCAAGUUUUCAACAAUGAGAACCAUAGGCUUAACCUCUAUGGAGAUAAUGUUGAGGUAGAUUACCGAGGUUAUGAAGUAACAGUGGAAAACUUUUUGCGUGUUUUAACUGGACGUCAUGAGACUGCUGUCCCAAGAUCAAAGCGUCUUUUGAGUGAUGAAGGAAGUCACAUUCUUUUAUACAUGACAGGGCAUGGAGGAGAUGAAUUUUUAAAGUUUCAAGACUCAGAGGAACUACAGAGUCAUGAUUUAGCUGAUGCUGUAAAACAGAUGAAAGAAAAGCAUAGAUUUAAGGAGUUGCUAAUAAUGGUGGACACUUGUCAAGCGGCCACCCUCUUCAAUCAGCUUCAAUCCCCUGGUGUUUUGGCUAUUGGAAGUAGCAUGAAAGGAGAGAACUCAUACUCACAUCACUUGGAUUCUGAUGUCGGUGUAUCAGUUGUUGAUCGUUUCACGUAUUAUACCCUUGCAUUUUUUGAGAGGCUAAAUAUAUACGAUAAUGCUUCAUUGAGCAGUCUCUUUAGUUCUUAUAAUCCAAGUACGUUGAUGUCAACUGCAUAUUACCGGAGAGAUCUAUACCAACGGCGUUUGGAGGAGGUACCUGUUACAAAUUUCUUUGGCUCGGUCAUGGAAACAAUACAUACUGAUGCAGCCUACAAGGCCCUUUCAAGGAAGAUUUCUGACAGGUCUGAGUCGCAAAUAUCAUUGGAUCAAUCAAUUCACCGUGAGGAGAGAAGAAUGUUGAUAAAUAUAAAUGUUUGCGAUGAGAUUCACGACGUAAGCACAGAGGGUCAAGAGGACGAUUCUAAAUGUCCAUGGAGUGCUUUCUAUCGCAAGAUGCAAAAAAUUGAAAAUGUUGAUUCCUUAGUGAACUAUGGCUUGGUAGCGAUGCUUCCUUUUUUGGUGUUUUCGACAUGGCUGUUUCACUGAACUUUCUCAUUAGACAUUCCAACAAAGCAUGUUUCUCUUAAACUUUAUUUGCCACUUUUGAUAAAUUCAUUCGAUUCCUUUUCUUUGA